AUGGCCCCCGCCACCGCCAUUGCUCCCACGCUCGCCUUCCACCUCCCCUCCAGCGUCUCCCUUCCCGCGCCAUCCUGCACGUCUUCCCCGCGCGCCGCCAUCCCGGGCGCAAGCUACCGUCGCUGCAGUCCCGUCAUUCGCCGUUCGUCUGUUUCGCGAUCUCCUCCCGUCGCCAGCUAUGCUGCAAAGAGCGUUUUCGCUACGGGAGGUGACGCCGCGUUGCCAAUGGCAGUGCGACGAGGAGCAGCCGGUGCGACGAGACACUCCGUCGUCGCGGCGGCGGGGGCGGGGGAUGCGGCGAGCCUCCCCGAGGCGCUGCUGUUCGACUGCGACGGCGUGCUGGUGGACACGGAGAGGGACGGCCACCGCGUGUCGUUCAACCAAGCUUUCGAGGAGGUGAGGGGACUGGGAGGAGCGCGCGUACCAGCUAGUAUCCACCGCGUGUCGUUCAACCAGGCGUUUGAGGAGGUGAGGUGGCAGAGGGAAGGGGAAGGGGAGGGCGGAGGGUAUGCGUGCUGUGUGGCUGUCGGUCGGCUGGUGCACACGGAGAGGGACGGCCACCGCGUGUCGUUCAACCAGGCGUUCGAGGAGGUGAGAGGGUUGCACAGGAGGAGGGGAGGGCAUGGGAGGGGAGAGAUAUACGUGCUGUGUGUCUGUGGUCAUUUGCUGGUGGACACAGAGAGGGGUGGCCACCGCGUGUCGUUCAACCAGGCGUUUGAAGAGGAAAUGGGAGCGAGCGGGCGUGAGCCGUUUGCUCCGUGGGGAGCUGCUCUCCGUCCGUGGGGAGCUGCUCUCCGUCCGUGGGGAGCUGCUCUCCGUCCGUGGGGAGCUGCUCUCUGGCUGGGAGUGACGUGGGACGUGCCGCUGUAUGGGGAGCUGCUCAAGAUCGGAGGCGGCAAGGAGCGAAUGACUCACUACUUCAAUCAAGUGGGUUGGCCCCAGGCUGCCCCCACCGAUACCGCAGAGAGAGCAGUCUUCGUGGCUGGGCUCCAGAAGAGCAAGGUAGCGCUCUUCACUGCCUUCUUGCAUCCCUCUCUUCCCCCCUUUCUUCCAUCUCACCCUCUCUUCCCUUCCCAGCAUGACCCACUACUUCAAUUAAGUGGGCUGGCCGCAAGCGGCCCCCACGGACCCCGCAGAGCGAGCAGCCUUCGUGGCUGGGCUCCACAAGAGGAAAACAGCACUCUUCAUGGAUCUCGUGGAGACGGGUGCACUGCCCCUGCGACCAGGCGUGGCACGUUGCUCCUCUUCAUGCAGCUCGUGGACACGGGUGCACUGCCCCUGCGCUGCGACCCGGCGUCACACGGUAAGCUGUGGCUGAUCGAUGAGGCUCUGGCAGCGGGAGUGCAGGUGGCGGUGUGCAGCACGUCAAAUGAGAAGGCGGUGGGGGCGAUUGUGAGAGUCAUGCUGGGCGAGGAGAGGGCGCAGCACAUGCGGAUAUUUGCAGGGGAUGUUGUUCCGAAGAAGAAGCCCGACCCGGUGAGCAGAGUGCACACAUGCUGCAGAGUGCACACAUGCUGCAGAGUGCACACAUGCAGCAGAGUGCACACAUGCUGCAGAGUGCACACAGUCAGGCGCAUCGUGUGUAGUGAUGGGACUGGUGGGGAAGGGGGUGCAGACGGUGCAGCACAUGCGGAUAAUCGUCGGAGAUGUGGUGCCCAAGAAGAAACCCGACCCGGUGAGCAGAGCAGAGCAGAGCGCACACCGUCAGGUGCCAUCUACAACCUCGCCGCCACCACUCUCAACCUCAACCCUGCACGCUGUGUGGUGAUAGAGGACAGUCACAUCGGCCUCACGGCGGCCAAGGCGGCCGGCAUGACCUACUUAUCCCGUCUGCUACAUUAUCGCCUCGUCUACCCACCCCUGCUCUGCUUCACUGCUCAUUACAAGGGUUCUGCCAUCUUGUUUCCCCGUGACAUUUCCUCACCCCGUUUCCCCACCUGCUUCCCACCCACCAGCUACACGGCAGACGAGGACUUCUCAGCAGCGGAUGCCGUGUUUGAUGCCAUAGGUGACACUCCUGCUGACGGCUUUGACCUUCCUUUCCUCGCCUCUCUCCUGUGA